AUGAUGAAAAUGCUCAAGCAAGGAAUAUUGUUCUUUCGAAGCAGUUGCUCUCGGAAUGACCGUUCUGUGUCUUUAAUCAUUGAACGAAUCAUGGGUAAAAAUCGACACCAAAUGGUGAAGAAUAUAUCAUCCUCUCAUUUAGCUCUGACGACAAGAAGAUUUCGUGUCGGAAAUUUAAAUUCGGAUGUGAAUAUUUCGUUGUGUAGAAAUUAUGGCACCGCAUGUCUAAAUUUUAGAGAGAACUCUUGCACCACAGAUUCUUCAAUGGAACUAUCAAAUCAAUCAUCACAAUGGUUCGAAAAAUCAUUUCCUGUGCAAAAUAUUGAAGGAACCCGAACAUUGGCAGAAAAAUUUUCAAAAUUACUACAAAACACUGAUGUCGUUUUGUUGACAGGAGAUAUGGGAAGUGGAAAGAGUGUUUUUGCAAGGCAUGUCAUUCGAGUGUUGGAAAAGGAUAUGAAUUUAAAUGUACCCUCUCCAACUUUUUGUUGGAUAAUCUUUAUGAAAAUAAGCUCAGUGGAAAUUUUGAGUAGAACAAUACACCAUAUUGAUCUAUAUCGAUUGGAUAGAUUUGAUAGAUUAGAUUUGCUUCAUGUUUUCACAAAUGGAAUUUCACUUAUUGAGUGGGGAAAUCGUUUGCUUGAGGAUAACGACUUGAUGAAACAACCUCAUCACUCCUACAUACGAGAGGUCUUAUUGGACUCUUCCAAGUGUCACUUGUUGAUCAUUCUUUUCGAAAAUGUUGCAACAUCUAGUGAACAUGAUGGUGAGACUAGUUCCAACCUUACAUUCAAUGAGGAACAUGAGGCGAGAUCUAUUACUUUUCUUUCAAGUGAUUUGACAUGGAAAGAAAGACUUUCAAACAUGUUUUAA